UCAUCUUCCUUCGACGUUACAAUUCGAGCUAACACUUCUUAUUCCCAUAGCAAAGUGCAGAAUGUCACAUCCUAUUAGCACUUUGGACCGCAAAAACUAUGCUAUUUAUGCACGUGACGGUUUUAGUCUGUGUGAAUAAACCAUUAUAAGCAAGAUGCAAUGUAUGUUGAAAGGUGUGUCUGGAGCUCUCAUCUCCUUGACUGACGGGCGGGCCUUGAUAUUGGGCCGUGGCCCUGAAUCAGGAAUAUCAGACAAAAAAUGUUCCAGGCACCAGGUGAAACUGGUCGCCAACUAUGCAAGGAGUGAAGUACUUGUCACACAGCUGGGUCCUAACCCUUCAUCACUCAACCACGAAUCCUUGUGCCGGGGGCAGUCAGGCAUUCUGUCUGAAGAUGGUACUCUUUACCUGGUCAAUCAAAGCCACCCGUUCACUGUGCAUUUCACUCAACACUCCAAUGGCAGCAACACCUCUUCCUCUGCUCAGAAAAGGAAAACAGAAGAAAGAGGUGGAACAAAUGAAAAGAAAACUGCCCCUAAACGGAACAUACAGGAUUUCUUCACAGCAUCCCCCAAAAAGUCGGUGAAGAGACCUCAUAGCUCAGAGGAAGAUGAAUGGGAGCAGAAGCGUGGCCGCACCGAGACUUUCGACGACAACAACGACGACGACUCUGAGAGGCUCGCAGAGGAGAAUCUGAGGAAGCUGCAAAGUUUUGCUGAGAAGGCCAGCUCUUCUCAUCAGGCACCAGCGAAGACGACCCAGAGCGGGUCCUCAGCCUGCUCCAAGAGCCACUGGAAGAAGAUCGGCCAUCUCAUACUGUACACUGCUGCAGGUGUUAGAGGAAGUUCAAAGAUUGCUGGUUUUGACAUUGAUGGCUGCAUCAUCACAACAAAGUCUGGUAAAGUGUUUCCAACAGGACCAGAUGACUGGAGAAUUCUGUAUUCUGAAAUUAAGCCGAAACUUGCCAGUCUGCUUGGAUCAGGUUAUAAGGUGGUGUUUUUCACCAAUCAAAUGGGCAUAGCAAAGGGAAAACUGAAAGAAGAGGUGUUUAAAUCCAAAGUGGAAGACAUUCUUGAAACACUACAGCUACCUGUUCAGGUAUUUAUUGCUGCUGGUCCAGGAACGUUUAGGAAGCCAGUAACAGGAAUGUGGAAGCAUUUGUGUGAAGAGGCAAAUGAUGGAAUCCCUGUGGACAAAUCGCUGAGUUUUUAUGUUGGAGAUGCAGCAGGGCGGCCGGUAAACUGGGCCCCUGGGAAGAAGAAAAAAGAUUUCUCGUGCAGUGACCGACUGUUUGCCUUAAAUCUUGGACUGCGCUUUGAGACUCCUGAGGAGUAUUUCCUCGGCUGGAAGAAGGCACCCUACAGUCUGCCCACAUUUGAUCCAAGGAAGCUGGAUGCUAAUGGACGGCUGUACGACCCCCCAUCAGCCUCUCUCACCUCCAGCACGCCAGAAAUCAUUGUGGCUGUAGGAUUCCCUGGAGCUGGGAAGUCAACCUUCUUCCAUAAGCAUAUCGUACCAAAGGGUUACACUUAUGUGAACCGAGACACAUUGGGUUCCUGGCAGAACUGUGUGUCAGCCUGUGAGAAAGCUCUGAAGCAAGGCCACAGUGUUGUCAUAGACAACACCAAUCCUGACCUCGAGUCUCGUAAACGGUACAUAGAUGUCAGUAUAAAAGCUGGGGUGCCUUGUCGCUGCUUCAAUUUCUCUGCCUCUAUGGAACUGUCUAGACAUAACAACAAGUUUCGGGAGAUGGUUCCCUCUGACACAAAACACAUGAUUGUCAAUGACAUGAUCUUCCACAGCUACAAGAAGAAGUUUGUAGCGCCCAGUCUCUCUGAAGGCUUCUCAGAAGUUCUGCAGAUCCACUUUAUCCCUGCUUUCAAGAACAGCCAAGAGGAGGCUCUCUUCAGGCAGUUUAGUGAAGGCUGAACACAAAGCCGACAGAAAGAGGCGCCCAAAGUAUUGCAGUGUUUGGAGGAAUAGGAACAAAAUGUUUGGUCUAAUCUAGUCACUUUACUACACCUCCCCAAACUCCACGCAGGCCUUUCUUAUUUUACACCUUUUUUCUACUCCACAGUACCGUCCAGGUCAGAAAAAGUGUAGAUUAUUUUGUGAGAAUUUUAGAAAAUCAUGUAAAUGAUUUGGAUGUAGAUAAUGAAUGUAGAGCUGUAGUUGUAAACCUAUGUUUUAGAUGAUUACAUUAAAGUGAUUUUUCUGA